GCCUUCUCUCUCUCUCUCUCUCUCUCUCGAUUUUGAUUUUUUUUUUUUUGGUUUUCCUCAAACAAAACAAUAUCCUAGUCUACGGGGAGACAGGAGACGAGCUUGAACAGCCCUAGAGUAGUUCCCAAGUAAACUCGAAGUCUCACAUGCCACCCGCCACUGUUUGAGAACGAGAGAGAGAGAGAGAGAGAGAGAGAGAGAGAGAGAGAGGAAGAAUGGCGAGGGAUAGUUGUCUUGCUCGUGUGACUGCAGGCGUUGCAGUCGGCGGGGCUGUUGGCGGAGCUGUUGGUGCGGUGUAUGGGACUUAUGAGGCAGUCAGGUAUAAGGUACCCGGAUUUUUGAAGAUUAGGUACAUUGGACAGACCACACUUGGCAGUGCAGCCAUAUUUGGUCUUUUCUUGGGCGCAGGAAGCCUAAUACAUUGUGGAAAGUCUUACUAAACUUGUGCUCGAUCUUUACUGAAAAAAAAAAAAAAACACAGUUUAAUUUUGUUCUGCUUGCUGAGGAUUGAUUCGCGUAGGAGAGUAAACUUGCCUUUGGGUGAUAUGAAUGGAGACUGCUGCUUGUAGGUCAUUUUUCCUACAGUGGAAUUCCAUUGUUUUCUUGUUUCUUGUUUUCCCCCUUAUUUCCAGAAACAGGUUCAUGGUGACCAGUGUUUCCCUUUGUUGGUGUUUCCAUUUAUAGUGGAGCUGAGUACAAUUUUUUAAUUUAUUUUAUCAAUUAUUAUAGGCCA